AAAUUGCUGCUGUAGGUGUGCAGUGUAUACCCGUUAAUGAACUAGCUUUACCUCCAUUGGCCAAUCUGGUCACAUGGUUCCCUAACUUUAUUCAGUUGACAGCAAGUAGGAGGGCUUUAUGGAGGGUGGAAAAAAAGACAACUCGAGAAAAAUUUGUAUUUUCUACCUUCAGAAAUUAAUGACCAUGAGUUCGUUUAUGGUGGACUCUAAGUAUGUGGACCCAAAAUUUCCUCCUUGUGAGGAAUAUUCGCAAAAUAGCUAUAUACCUGACCAGGGGACAGACUACUACGGUCCAGCGCAGGACCCAGGUUUCCAGCAUCCAGGAAUCUAUCCACGGUCAAACUACACUGAGCAACCCUUCAGUUGUACCACUGUGCAGGGUUCUACAGUGCAGCCGCGGGGUCAUGUGCAUGAGCGAGCCAGCCACACUAGCCCUUUCACUGCACAGACCGAGCCGUGUCCCCCGGUCCAAGUGACUGGCCCCCGGACUUGUGGACAGCAACAAAACACAAAGAACCAACAUGGGAUACAAGCCAAGCAGCCUACAGUAGUUUACCCCUGGAUGAAGAAACACCACGUUACUACGGUAAACCCGGACUACACAGGACCUGAACCGAAACGGUCUCGGACAGCUUAUACAAGACAGCAGGUUUUGGAACUGGAAAAGGAGUUUCAUUUUAACAGGUAUCUGACCAGGCGGCGUCGCAUAGAGAUUGCCCAUACACUCGUUCUCUCCGAGCGUCAGAUCAAAAUCUGGUUUCAAAACAGAAGAAUGAAAUGGAAAAAAGACCACAAACUACCGAACACAAAGGGAAGAUCUGCAUCGGCUUCCAGCCAACAUUUACAAAGUAUUCAGAAGGAUAACCAGACUGAUAUCACAACUUUAUGAAUAUUGUGGGAAAUUUUGAAUCUUACAUGAACUGUAGGCCUAUAAAAACUAUUUCCCAUUUGACUUUGCAUGAUCUCAAACAUGGCAUUUUCGUCAUAGGCAGUUACAUUCAGAAGGACCCUCGAUGUGUGUUGGCUCGCUGAAUUGAGUCAACUUCCAACAUUGUAACUGAUAGGUGCUCAGAAGAUACGAGUGCGUCACUACAUGCUUCACAUGCUUCAAAGAGGUAGCAGUAGAUCGAACGAGAACUUUCGCUUUCGGACGAAAGCCUGUUAAAGAGGUUUUCAUAUUGGCAGGCCUACUCUUCUUGCUUGCUAUGGUUCUCUUUCCACCACACAAGUCAGAGUACUGCCUGAACAUUUAUAUCUUUAUUUAAAAGGGGGAAAAAACGUACAAUUAUGUGAAACUUUUGUACACGUUAAUAGGAAAUUGUCUUGUGAUGAAAUCAAGCUUCUAAAAAGAACCAUAUUUGAUUCAUAUAUUGCAAAAAAAAUAAAAUGGCCAUUGCACACAAAGCAUCAGUUGUUCCAUACAUUUGUGACAAUAUUUGUUACUUUUAUAUAGCCUAGUUUUUUUUAAAGUAGUGAACUCGUAUUUAUGGGUGCUAACUGGUUGAAUUUUUCUGUUUACGUUUUCUGAUCUUUUAUACAAUAAAGUUUUUAAAAUGGCGUUAAAUUCUAUUGAGAAACAAGACAUUCCUGUGUGCAGACCUUUCCCAGUGCCCUUAUUCGGUUAUAAAUCUCUCUUGACAUCUUUGUAAACAGUGUACAUUUAAAGAGGGUCUCACAUAUGGCAUCUGAAACUCUUUCAUGAGUUCCCUUGUCCUUUGCAUCGAAUUUAUAUUUUGUAAGAUACUUCGCUAUUUUUAUUUUGAUCCAUAUCAAACAGAACACUAUUAAAACUCUAUAUUAAAUGUGAAGGACGUUGAGGACUAAAAAUAGGUGUCAUAUGUUUCCCCCAUUUUUAUUAUUCAAAUUUUGUAAUAUAGUGUUUAAAUUUCAUUAUGAUUAUUUAUUUAAUUAAAUAUCUGUACAUUUCCUAAAACCCACAACUGUUCUGAACGUGUUUGAGAAACAAACGUUUAUUUAAUGAGAUAUGUUCAAAACUGUUGUGGAUUAUUAGAAUUGUCUCUUUUGUUAUGCAUUGUAAAAUCGUUUAAUUCAUGCUCUUAGCUGGCGUUAAAAUCUAACUAUGGCAUUCAUUUAUACCAAACCAAGCCACACAUGCAUUCAUGUCAUGUUUCAAGACAGAUAUUCCUGUAUUACUCCAAUCAUCGUCCUCGUGACAAAAAUAAUCAUAACCUCUUGUGUUGCGAAGAUGUCUUCCCUCUGAAGAGUCUUCAUGAUGAGAAGUUGAAAAGCUAUUUCAACUGAAGUUCGACAAAAAGCUCCAAAGGCAGGUUCAUCCAGAGGACACUGUUUCUAUCGCCUUAGACACAUUUCAGCCGCGAGGAGUGACCUCUAAACCCUUGACCCGUCCGACCAAUACAGCCUUGUUUCUCUUACAGGCGCUAUUCACAUUGAGUUUCAUUUAGAUACUUUUUCUAUUCUACCUUAGUAUUGGUUUGCUAUAGAAUAUUGGACGCUUAUGUAACUCGGUUAAACAUGCAGGCUAACUUUUUAAAGCCUAUAUGUAUUCUGCCAGAUGCACCUCAAACGGUACUGAUUGUGUAUUCAUGUCUCACCAUGUUAAUGUGCAAUCCUGUCUGACUUUAUUUUUGUACCUGCUUUUCACUCUGUACAUUCACAGGUGUCGUGCACAACUUUCAUGGAAAAAUAAAGACUGUUACUUGAUGCAUUA